AAUUAUCAAUCCAAUUCACCCAUCGUUGUCAAGGCGUAUUAGAUAAUGAUUGCGUGUUCAACAAUACAAUCGAUGUCCAUUUACUAUAAUCAUCUCUGUUUGUGAAGCGAUCAUGUACAGAAACCCGGAGAAGGAGAAGCCAUGGAAGAAGGAGCAGAGGUCCCUCUGAGGAUUACGACGAUCAAAGCCUCAUCACCACCGUCACUGCCAUCGGAGCACUCCGCCGAAUUGAGGAGCUUCAAAUCCGAUCUCAAAUGGCUGUUCCUCGACCAAUCCAGCGUGUACAGCGCCGCCCUUUCCUGGUCGCUCUUCUUCAUCUUCGCCAUAGCCGUCCCCCUCGUCUCUCACCUCGUCUACGCCUGCUACGGCUGCGAUACGGUGCACCAGCGGCCGUUCGACGGCAUCGUGCAGCUGUCGCUCUCGGGGUUUGCGACGCUGUCGUUCAUCAGCCUCUCCGCCGCCGCCAGGAAGUAUGGGCUCAGGAGAUUUCUGUUUCUGGAUAAGCUGUGUGAUCAGAGCGAGAAGGUUCAAGAAGGAUAUACUAAUCAGAUUCAUGCAUCAGUGAAGAUCCUAUCAGCUUUUGUUCUCCCCAUUUUCGUAGCGGAUUGUGCCUACAAGAUCUGGUGGUUUGCCUCAGGAGGUACCCAAAUCCCGUACUUCUAUAACCACUACUUGAGCAAUGCCAUUAUCUGCAUACUGCUGCUGUGUUCAUGGCUGUACCGAACAGCGAUUUCGCUCUUUGUCUGUGUCCUGUUCCGGCUGAUAUGUUACCUCCAGAUACUAAGACUGGAAGACUAUUCUCGGGUUUUUGAGAAAGAGGCUAAUGUUUCUGCAAUCUUGAUAGAACAUCUUCGUAUCAGACGAACCCUUCGUGUCAUAAGCCAUCGCUUCAGGUUCUUCAUCUUGACGACUCUUAUACUAGUCACAAUCAGUCAGUUUAUGUCCUUGCUUGUUACGAUGGAGUCUAGCACCAAUACCAACAUCUCUACAGCUGGAGAGCUUGCGUUAUGUUCGAUUACUCUGGUUACUGGGUUGUUCAUAUGCUUGAGGAGUGCAGCAAAGAUCACACACAGGGCCCAUGCUCUCUGUUCCCUGGCGGCCAAAUGGCACGCCUGUGCAACUCUUAGUUCAUUCGAGUUUGACAAUGAGACUCCCUUGUCUCGGACAGAAACGCCUCCGAUGAUAUCUCAGGCGAGUCUCGCAAACUGGGACAGUGAUAAGGAGGAAGGAUAUGAAGACGAUGAACUGGAUGACACCAACAUGAUGGCUGUUAAUGCCCAUACUGUAUCGUACCAGAAAAGACAAGCGCUUGUGACAUACUUUGAACACAACAAAGCUGGAAUCACUGUAUAUGGGUUCAUGCUAGAUAGGAGUUGGCUGCAUACAAUAUUUGUGAUUCAGUUAUCUCUUACGCUUUGGAUACUCAACAAGACAAUUGGUAUUUCGUGAUUUCCCCUCAAUCCCAUGUAUGCUGCAUCACUUUGCAUGUAUAUAUAUAUAUAUACAAAACCCAUUACGUACAUUGCGUGAUUUGCCAAAUUUUGAAAGCACUUGCUGUAUUUGGUAUAUGGGUUUCUUAAAGUUGGAGUUUUUGGAGUCAAGAUAUGGAGGUAUUUGCACUAAUGGAGUGUAUGUGUAUUUAUAUCAGUGUCAAAAGUUGCAGGGUUGUUUUUUGGCUUUUAUACGCCUUUUUUAAAAAAAUAAAGAUUUGGAUCAUUUCUCUAUU